GUAUCUCAGGAAAAGAUCGAAAUACCGAUAUGGACCGACGUAUUUUAUUGUCCAAUAUUAUCGAAAUUAUAAAUGAAAAUAAUUCAAGCAGUGAUGACAGUUCUGAUGAUGACAUGUUGGUACAAGUUGUAAAUAUGAUAGAUGGUAAACGCGGACCACUAAUAUUAAAACCACGUAUUCAAAAUUACGUUCAAAACGUGGUUUCUGUAUUAACAAAUGCAGACUUCAAAUCACAUUUUAGAAUGUCUCGAGAAACUUUUGAUUGGUUAUUGACCAUAAUAGGACCACAAUUAGAGAAGAAAUCAAAUCCCAAUUUGCAGAUGAUACCUGGUCGCCUUCCCGUCAAUUUGGAAACACAGCUUUUAAUAACCCUUUGGACACUUGCUACACCAGAUUCAUAUCG